ACGACAUUGAGGUCGAUAGUCGCAAACGUGUAGGGUGCUCUGGGCGUUGUUCUUGACGUAGAGAGCCGUCCACUGUGACCUGGAUGUGUGAAGCUGAGGGGGACUCCACAGGCUUCUUCUCGUGUAAUGGCGAUGAAUGGUAAUGAUCGUUUUCAACACACAUCUCCGUGUUGAAAGCGGUAACAUGGCGAGUUUGGUAUCCCCCUGGUCUGCUGAACUGUGACGCGCUAGCAGCCGAAUGGACGGCAUCGGUACGUUGUCGGUUGAAAGCUGGACUAAGUAGCCUCUUUGGGCAGUUUGGGUGCUUUACUGUCUCCGUUUGCUUCUGACGUGCUGGACUGGAACUGGAUAUGACUCCCGACUACGUCGUAACGUCAGCAUUACUGGGAGACGACAGUAUUUACUUCUCGGGUGAGGAAGUGGAGCUGCGUCAAAAUAGCUGAACUAGAUAAGGUUGAAGCCGGACGUUUGGUUACGUUGCCUUCAUAAUAAAGGCGCAAAAUACAUUAUUUUUACCUUGCAUUUUGAAUUUCUGGGAUUAAUAGAGCAGUAAAACGAAGGGAAUACGACAGGCGACUAUUUUAAUACAAAAAAGUGUUGUGGCAUUCGUUUUACCCCAAUACACUGCAUUAUCUGUACCUCGCCACUCCUUUUAUUUUCGAAGCUGGGAACGGAAGCCGUUUUUGGUUGCACUGUUGUUGAGACCGGUGGGAAAGGGGAUGUGGCCAUGAUGUAUUUAAGUUGCUGUUGGAGACAUGAACAUCGCUGAGUCGGCGCCGGAGCCCCGCUUCUCCUCCGGACACAGCGGGCGUCGUAUCUGGACGAACACGACCGAGGCUUCCGACCGGACCAUCUCCGUGAAGUGCUUCUCACCCUCUCGCCCGGACACUUUGUUGAAUUGGCGUGAUGGGCCGUCUUCGGUGCUGAUGUGAGAACAGCAUGUAAAUCGAUACAGUCACGUGGAUUGUUUUUUAUUAUUCAUUUAAUUCUUUCGUUUUGGUCCAAGGGCUUUGCUAUUUUUCCUCGUGUUAUUAUAUAUAUGUGUGUAUAUAUAUAUAUAUAUAUAUAUAUACACAUAUAUCAUUUUUUUUUUUUUUUUUUACAAAUGUCAACAACUCAGCAUCAAAGGAUGAUGGAGUCGUCUCUAGCUCUCGGUAGACUGGAGCUGACCCCCAGCCCAGCCGCUGUUGGGGUCAGCCUGGCCCCGAGGCUAUCGGGCGGCCAGCGGCAGACGGGACAACAAGGCCCGGCUCAUCUGAACGGCUGCGUCCCGCUGUCACAUCAGGUGGCCGGCCACAAGUACGGCGUGGACAAAGUGGGCAUUUUGCAGCAUCCAGAUGGGACAGUCCUGAAACAGCUUCAGCCUCCACCAAGAGGUCCUCGAGAGAUGCAGUUUUACAGCAUGGUAUAUAAAGAGGACUGCUGUGAUCCAUGUCUCCUGGAGCUCCAGAACCACCUUCCUAAGUACUAUGGAACCUGGUCCUCUCCUGACAGUCCCAGUGACAUGUACCUGAAGCUGGAGGAUGUGACUCGUCGUUUCGUCAAGCCAUGCAUCAUGGAUGUGAAACUGGGUCAGCGCAGCUACGAUCCGUUUGCCUCGCAGGAGAAACGAGAGCAGCAGAUCAGAAAAUACCCACUGAUGGAGGAGAUCGGCUUCCUGGUCCUCGGCAUGAGGGUUUAUAAGGUGUGCAAUGACACAUUUGACUCCUACGACCAGCACUAUGGGAGAGCACUGAUUAUGGAUACUAUUAAAGAUGGUCUGGCUAAAUUCUUUCAUAACGGUGUUUGUCUGAGAAAGGAUGCCGUGUCAGCCAGCAUCCGCCGGGUGCAGCAAAUCCUCCACUGGUUUGAGUCUCAGCACCAGCUGACCUUCUACGCCAGCUCCCUUCUCUUUGUCUACGAGGGUCUCCCCUCUUCUUCCUCCUCAUCCUCCCUUUCCUCCCUUCUCAGCACCCCAUCCGUCUGCCAGACAAUGGUGAAAAGUGCCACGUUGUCAUCAGCGGUUGACAGCUGUCAGAGGGAGGAUGAGGAAGCCAGACAGGAAGGGGCGGGGCAGGAAGAGGAGGUGGCCGAGUACAACAAUAACAACAUUCAGGCGGUGGUGCCCUGGUAUAGUCAGGCCAUUUACACUAACCACAGGAAACCUGGCCACCACCACUGUGCAAAGGGUCAUCUACAAGGCAACAGUAGAGCUGGUGAAGCCGUGGAGACGACGGUGAGCUCAUUUUCCGGAGGUAACAACUUAGUACUGUGUCAAGAAGACAACUCCACAUGGAAACAAACAGGUGAGGCCCAGCAACCACCAAAUGCCAAUGGAAACAAAUCACAACUGGAAAGGAAGGUUGCGGAAGGAGAGAGGGAGGAAUGUGGCAGAGGGAGAGAGGAGGAGGAAGUGGAGGAGCUGAAAGGACGAGGAAACGAGGCAACAGAGGAGAGUGGAGAAGACACAGAGGUGGAGGUAAGGAUGAUUGACUUUGCCCAUGUUUUCCCGAGCGAGAGCCACGAUCAUGGCUACAUCUUCGGCCUCAAACACCUGCUGACAGUGCUGGAGCAGAUCCUCUGUGACAAUGCCUAGAGUUCUAACUCCUCCUCACUCCCCCUGAAGCUCCCGACCUGCAUACAGUGAAACUCUUUCUCUUCCCCGUCUACCUGCUCCUCUUCUCAAAAGGCAGGAGAGAGGGAAGAAUCAAAGAAGUGAAAACUAAAAUUGAACCAUCGUUGUCAUCAUCAUCUCACGUAAUUGUGAUGGUCUGUCUGUGUUUGUGCAUGUGUGUGUGUGUGUGCCUGUCUGAAGCGGGGAGGUGGUUGAUGCUGACAGCUGUGUUAUCCCUGUGUUCAGCAGCAAACACAUGCACUAAUCCAAUGAAGGCAUUACAACCCUGUACUUAAACACAACAUAUGCAGCUGCAUGAUUUACUAAUGCUCAGACAAGCUCGUCAUAACCUAAAUUCAACUGUAGUCCAUUUAGAAUGCAUUUAAAUCAAUUUGAAACUAGAUAUCAGUACAUUUGACACCCUUUAAUAUCUUUUGUUGGGUUAGACCACUGUGGGGAAUGCUACAAUCUAUGAGCAGCACAGGCAAUAUGGGUUUACAUGUGUUUUAAAAAAAAAGGGAAUCCUGUACUGAGAUUUUUCAGAUGCUUUUCUCCAGAUUCCAAAUAAUCUUAUUCAAGAUUAUUCUCCUCAAUUGAAUUUCUUGGAUUUCUCUUUGUCUGUUAGCUGAAGACCUAUAGGUGAUGUGACUUAGUGCCGUAAAGCGCAACGAUACUUUUCGUAGGAGAUCACACCCGCUCAAACCUAGAGACAGACAUCCUUUUAUUGUUGAAUAAGUUAAAGUAGUAAUCAUAAUGACGUCUUGAAGGUAAGUUGACACCGAUUUGCUGUACGAGCAUUGCAUAAAUCUUGAAGUCUGCAGCAUGUUGAAGUUUAAGUCGGGUUGUCAUUUUGUGUUUGGUUUAAACCACUGUCUACAGGUAUUUAACUCAGGUAAAUUUACUGUAAGAAAAUGUUUGAUAUUACUACUUUUGUCCUACAAGAUGAUCCUCAUGCUGUCUGGUUGUUCAGCUCUAAAUGAAUGUUUUAUAUAGUCUUAUCUUAACUCGUGAUUGACCUAAUCUCAUCCUUUUAACCGUACAAUUAACUAACACCCAGUGUAUUGUCUUUUAACUAUGGCAAUUUUAAUUGUUGUUGUACAUGUUCGGCUGCCAAAUCACUUCUUCUUUCUGAAGCCUGUGCUCUUUGCUGUGACUAGACAUCGAUCUGGGAUUAACCAUUAGUCGCUUUGUGAUUUCAAGUUAUCAUAAUGUCAUGAAUUGAUUUUUAUGCAGGCAACAAUUGGAAAAUCAACCAUUUCCUUCCUGAAUUCUGGAGUUAUGAUCAUUAGGAGGAUUUGUGGGGUUUGACAGAAGCAUAUUCUAGUGGAUGACAGAUGUGCUGUGAUUGGUUGACAUAAGAUGUACUCGCGUAACUUCCUUAAGGAUUUUAAGAUUGUAGUAAAAAGUUAUUUGAGACAUGCUGCUUUAAUGAGAUUCUACUGACUGACUCGCUGCUAAAAGGGAAAGACAGCAACUGAAUGGUUUUGUUUAUUUUUCUCGGGGGGGGGGGGGGGGGGCAGAGUAACAGUUCUAAAUAAAGAAGGAGUCAACUCAUUUAAUUUUACUUUUUUAGAAAAUUUGUCUUGCAAACAUGACUUACGUCACUUGCGUUUGUCUUGUUUUCUCUAGAAAACAAAAUGAGCCUAGUUUGACAAGAAAUCAAAACAGAACACCAUAUUCCAGAGACGUCAGCCACAUGCCACGGCCUUCAUAAGCAGAUUGGGUUUCAGUUAUUAAUGCACCCACUAAAAACCUACCUUGUGAUCUUUUUGUAAAUUUUUAUUUACUUUAUUUACUUUGAAAAAGUUUUGUACAAACUCUUGAACAUUUUUUUAAUCUCUACUCUCAUAUGUCAUGGUCAAAAUGAGGGAUGUCCAUGGUGAAACAAACCUGUAAAGACUGCAAGGCAGGAUGAAGGCAGGAUUACUCCCAGGGGCCCUAUGCAUAUCCAUGGUCAGAUUUGUAGUCCGUUGAAUAGUUUCAAGUUAUAUUCCACACAGAGAAAUUUAAAAAGUGCAAAUAUGUUUCAUAACAUGCACCUCUAAUCACAAUAGAAAAGGAAAUGCAGCUUUUAGUGUGGGCGUUUCAGACGAGCAGCACUGAAGAUGUGUGAGUGAAUGUCCAUCCUCACCUCAGUCUGACCCAUGUAUUAGUCUGACCCCACUUUCCAGUGUGAUGGCUGCCUAUGAAAUGUUCCGUCUCUCCUCUCUCUGUCUUUCAACAAUGGACAAAUGCAACAUACCUUUUAAUUAACUGUGUAUCUUCAAGAUGGAAAUAGUAUACCUAAAUCAUUCUUCAAUGCUGAGCAGUUGCCUUUGUGCCACUGUCUCUGUCUUUAGGUUUCUGAAUAGCUUUACUGAAUCCACCCUCUGCUCUCUGCACUUAAAAUGGAGCUGGUUUACAACAUGAUGCUAAAGGUCACUGCCCCAGUACGCCAAAAAACAGCUUUGAUUUUAACCUAUGAUAUGCACAGGCCUCUGAAGCUUUUAAUAGAUGACUACAACAAACAAUAUGAAAACACUUGUCUUCAGCAAAUGACCUUUAUUAAGUGUGUUUUGAUUUUAAUCUAAAUCAAAAGAGACUGCUGAUUAGUAUAUAUUUUCUCUAAUGUUUUUAUUAAGACACUAGAUCAUUUGUCUGAAUGAAUCAAUGUGAAAGUUGAGGAGUAUUUUAAGGGAUAUUAUCAGGAGUUAGAGAAGAAUUUAUUUUUUUAAUCACUGCCUUAUUUUCUGUCCAUGUCUCCUAGUUGUCUGUAUUUGAAAUAUUGAUUAUUGGUCAUUCUGGCAGUUUUUUAAAUCUCGUCUCUGUUUCUUGUCAGCUGUAUAAUGGCUAACUAACAAAAAGCAUAUCAUGCAUUUGCAUACCGGGCAUUAUUGAUUGAAUUGGUUUGAUCAUUAAAUGACUUGCAGUAAUGCAACAUUUGACUUUAACUCCCCUCAAUCAACCAAUGUUACUGAGAAUUUGUAUUACAACAUUGUUCCCCAGAUCACAUGAAUGUUCAAAGAUUAAAUGGCAGCAUGUUUCCUUUUCAAGGACCACAGGAGGGGUUUGACAUCUAAUCCCACAUAUUACAUCACAUUCCUUCUUUACAUUACAGCCAAUCACCUAGAGUGUUUUUAGAUUACUGAAUAUGUUUCUCCAGCUUCCUCUCAGGCAGCCAUUGGUGUCCAUCCAACUUAACUGUUUUGUGGUCAUUUUUAUGAAACUCUCUGAAUUACCAUAACUGAUUACACAGUGAAAUAACAAAGGGUUCUAUACUAUAUAUAUUUAUAGAAGACAUAGGUUUUUGCAGUGUUCAACCUGUGGAAUAAUGAGCAAUAAUUAUAUCAAGUUGUAAAAUUAUCAAUUAAAAAUCAGAUAAAUAAAUUUGUCAAUUAAUAGUUCUGUUACUUUAUUCUGUCUUUAAAUGAUGUAAUAUAAUUGUUGGAUUUAAAAAGCAAACUCCAAGCUUUUAAAUUAUAUGUCUGUUAUUCCAUUUAUUUAUUUAGCUGACUAUCACAUCCAGUCUAACAUAUAUCCAGCCUAAUAUUUCAAUCACAGUUUUUUUUUUAAUUUUUUGACUCUUAAAGAUGACAUUUUUCUUUUUAAAUGCAGUGAUGACAUAGACAGUUUUAAUGUUAGCACAGGAAACAAAUGUAUGGUGGCAUGGAAGAAAAUGGAAAAAAAUGUUCAUAUUAAACUCAUUCAAUGUUAUUCCAUUUUAAAAUGUAAUCUUUCAUCAUUUCAGGACAGCCAGGACAUAUUUAAAUCAUGUUUUCUAAUA